ACUGAUGGCUCUCUUCAUUUCCGCAAAAUUCCCUCUAGAAGAUUUCCCUUUUCGAGCAUUGCUAGGGUUUUAAUCAUCUUCAAGCAUUUCCGGGUAUGUGUUUAUAAGGAGGAGUCCGCCGCUGCUUGAGUAAGAACUCUGAAUUACCAUAACUAAUCCUCCUCUUGCAACCCUGUUUCAGCCUUUGAUCUGAUCGUGGAAGAAGCAAGCACCCAACUUUCUGCUAUCUGCUCCAUUUCAAUUGAAGAAGGUACUCUAAUGGCGUCACCUGUGCCCGCUAAGUCUCAGACUGCACUAAGCUUCUCCUUGCCUCAAUGGAAGCUGACGAAGAACCACUCGAGCAGUCAUCGUCGAAGUGCAGAUUCAUCCCCCCAUCAGCAAUUACCACCGCAUGAAUCAUCUCCAGGGCAAUCAUCUGUUAGGAAGGAGUCUCCGAUGAGAGACUCUUCAUCUGAAUCUGAGUCUAGCCACGAGCCCGCUGCGAAACGGAAGAAGACAUCUCCCCAGGCUGAGAGUGGAAAGAAUGGCUCUUUCGGAUCUUCUUCUUCUGAUCAAGCCAUGAUCAAAGAGGAUAAGCCUGCUGAAGUCUCUGAUCAUGAUAAAGACGAGAGUAAAGAGUCCAAAACGAAGACCCAGUUUCGACUGAAGAGGGCAUCCUCGAAGAAGAACAAACCGUGUGAGGCUCAGGAAGAAUGGAAAGCUCCAAAUGCUGCUGAAGGGGCGGAAGUGGACGAGUCGUUGGCCAAGACAUGGAAUUUGAGGCCAAGAAGGCAUACCCAGAGGCAAUCUGAUACUGAUGAAGGUAAUCCGUCAAUGGCAAUGGCUGAAACUAAACUUCAGCCAUCACAGAGUCUCCCUAAGGGGUCAGAGAUUCGCAGUGCUCCUCUGCUGGAAGCUGCAAAAAAGCAGAGAACUAAGUUCUCCAUCACACUCGCUCGGGAUGAGAUCGAAGAAGAUAUUUUUGCUAUGACUGGAUUAAAACCAUCCAGAAGGGUAAAGAAGAGAUCGAGGAGCAUCCAGAAACAACUUGAUAAUGUAUUUCCUGGUUUAUGGCUUUCUUCAACUGUAACCCCUGAUGCAUACAAAGUCUCUCGAAUGCAUAAGAAGGAUUGAGUGUGGAGAUGUUUGAGAUCAUCAUCAGCAGCAUGAAGACACAGAUAGCUGGAAGGAAGAUAGUUGUUAUUUGUUCAUUUUGCCUUUUUUAUACUUUAUAAACUAUUCUGGAAUUAUAUACUUCAAGGCAUUUGGCUGGAAGAGCUUCUUGGUUUUUAUUUUACAAUAGUGACAGAUACAGGUCUCAAUGACUGACCCACCUCAUUACAUUACAGAUUUUUUUUUUUUUAUAAAUUAUUUGAAACCAUUAUUUCCAUAUGCUUGGAUUAUUUGAUUCA